AAUAAACGAAUCUCAUUUCACCUAAAAAUAUAUUUUUUUAAGAAUUAUAAUAAUAAGAAAAUAAAAUAUUUUUGUUAAUAAAAUUUAUUAUAUAUUUUUUUUAAAAAUUAAUUUAUUCUAUGAUAAUUAAAUAUAGAAAAAGGUUGGAACGUCACUGAGACCCAACUUUGUGUUUUAGCGGAAAGGGAAUUGAAAUAAUUUAUAAUCUGUGUUAUGAACAAAAAUCUUAUCCCCUGCCCAAUUGACCCAUCCAAACAAAUCUACCACAAUCGAUUGAAGAAUGUGCGUAGUAUAUGUUCUAAAAACGCAGAAAAUAAGGGGAUCACGAAUGGAUAUACUCCUGACAUAAAUCAACAAUUGCUUGAAAACGCCAAAGAGGUUAGCCUAAAUUCCAAUCUUAAUAAUAAUAAACAACUUUCAAAUGGCCUCAAAAAACAAUAUUCGCAUUGUCAAACUUUGGAUGAAAAUUGCGAUGGCUAUGAUAAUAAUAAUAACGAUAUCCAUAUCAUAGGAGAGAUGAAUGGAGAUACUAACGAUGCUUCUUCCAAAAUCAGUGAGAAUUACUGUAAUGAUCACAAAGAUAAUAUAAAAAAUAUCAAUGGUAACAAUAAAAUGAGCGAAAAUAAUGAUGAUGUCAGAGUUUCUGAAUCAAAUACCUUUAAUGAAUUUGAAAACGUUAGGGAUUUCGAUAUUUCUCCAUGCCCAUCUUCCAAAAAUUAUAAUGAUGAUGGACCCGUAUCAACCCAUGUUCCCUCCAAUUCUAGUCCUUCUCAAAUACAACAAAAGGAUACAACAUUAACCAAGAUAUUUGUGGGUGGGCUACCAUAUCAUACUACCGACGAAUCUCUUAGAAUUUUUUUUGAAGUUUUUGGGGACAUCGAGGAGGCAGUUGUUAUAACAGACAGGCAAACAGGCAAAUCCCGAGGAUAUGGCUUUGUAACUAUGUCUGAUAAAACAGCUGCGGAUAGAGCUGUUAAGGAUGCUAAUCCCAUAAUUGAUGGCAGGAAAGCAAAUGUUAAUCUUGCCUACAUUGGUGCUAAACCUAGAACAAAUGGCUAUGGUCCUAUAUUGGUUAAUGGUAUUAUCGAUUCUAAUAAUUCUACUCAUUUGAAUGGAAUCAACAUACCACUGGGGGCAAUAUACACCGGAUUAUUACCUAAUGCCAAUGGAGGCUUAUCACAUAUAAUGUACAAUCCUUUGACUACGCAAGUUUUAAACGCAAACUCUUAUUUAAAUAGUCCCAACGUUUAUACCAAUCUAGCACCUUCUAUAAAUCCACAUCAACAAACGUUGGUCAAUUCAUUAUUAAAUCAAGGAAAUGGUUUAUUAUCAUCUAACUCCUCGACAAAUAUUACGCCGCAACAUUAUAUUUUGCCUCUAGAAUACGGCUUAGCCAGUCUCGGCGGUGUAAAUGCAAUUAAUUUAAUCUCAAACGGAAAUCCAAUUCCUAUAAAUUCCGAUAAUUUUAUGGGAAUACACCACUUAAAUUCCCUCGAAUCUGAUCAGAUAUAUGGUCAUAAUGGAUUGUUACAAUCAAAUCUUGCGAAUAGUUCUUUAUAUCUAUCUCCCGGAGCAAAUUAUUAUAAUGCGCAAUCGCCUAACAAUUUAAUAGCCCUAACGACAAAUACUCGGGGUUUAAAUGAAAUAGGUAACGGGAACUAUCCAUCUGCUCGAAAUGCCAACGUCGUUAAUAAUUCUUCCCACCUGAAUGGGAGAGGAGACACUAUAAAUUCUUCCAGCAUAAAUUCAUCUUUGUCUAGUCAAGCAGGAAAUAUGAGUCCCUAUGGGUUGAACGUCAAUCGAGGAGCUAUGCAAGGGUAUUCUAAUUGUUCUUCUCCGACUUCUUCGACAUUUCAUAAUGGCGUACCUAUAAUCAGAUCAGGAUCAUAUUUUAUAAAUGAAUAAAAAUUUAGAUCCACUAUAUAAUAAUAUAAUAUUAUAAAUGCAAUAAUAUAUUUAUAAUGCAAAUAAAAUAUUAAUUACAUAUGUUAUACUUUAUUAAUUAUGUACCAUAUUGAAAUAUCUUUAGUUUAUACAUUUAUUAGUAAAUCUAUAAAAAAAAUGCAAUAAAAUUUAUAUAAAUAUAAAUUAUAUUAUAAAACUAAUAUAGAUGGUACCAUCUUUAGUCA